CGAAUCUGUUUUGUUUGAUGAAAUUAGGGUUUUGGAAUCGGAAUUUGGAUGGUCGUUUAUGUUGAUUAGUCGACGAUUGCUGAGUUAGGACAUGAUUUUGAAACGGACCUUGACAUUCGAGAAUCAGAAUCUGAAGCGGUGCAAAAUUGAUUCAGAAAUUGAUUAUGGGAGCAAAAAGGGUGAGAUUAUGGUGUAUAAGAAGAGACAAAGAGCAACCGUGGAUCAACCAUGUAGUAGAGAACCCGAACUUCUUACAAGUAGCUCAAGCUCCUUGACCAGCAAAGAAUCUCAACCGUGCUCCGACCAGUCCAAGUCUUCGCGUGGCAGAGUUCGAGCGGUUCCUUCAAGGUUCAAGGACUCCAUUGUUGGUUCAUGGAAAUCUAGCCGUCGCAAGGAAGAGUCGACUGAGUCUAGUCAUGAUGACGACGUAACUCUGGGGAAGAAGGUCAAAGGUUUCAGUGGAAGCUCGAAAUUGAAUCGCAGCAAAGACUCGAAGCUGUUUUCACGUAAGGAUAACGGAGACAGCAGCGAAGUAGAUUGCAAUUACUGGGAUGUUAAAAUUUCCAUGUUGUCUUCCUCCGACGAUGCUAACUUUGGUAUACCGAAAAAGUCCUACGCCUCGCGUAAGAGCGUGUAUAAACCAGAGGAAUUUACGGUCGGCGAUCUUGUCUGGGCCAAGUGUGGGAAAAGAUUCCCAGCAUGGCCGGCUGUGGUGAUCGAUCCGAUAUCGCAAGCGCCUGAUGGGGUCUUGAAACAUUGCGUCCCAGGCGCAAUAUGUGUCAUGUUUUUUGGGUACUCCAAGGAUGGAACUCAGAGGGACUAUGCAUGGGUCAGACAAGGAAUGAUGUAUCCAUUUACGGAAUUUAUGGAUAAAUUUCAGGAUCAGACAAACUUGUACAAUUACAAGCCAAGUGAAUUUAAGAAGGCACUAGAGGAAGCAGUUUUAGCAGAAAAUGGGGUCGAGGGUGAUUUUGGAGAUGUUGAAAUUAGCUGCCCAGAUUCCUCUGCGACGGAAUCCGACCAGGAGUAUGGAGCUGCUUCUAGAAUUCAGGGUUUAUGUCAUGAGGACGUAAGGACCUGCGACGGUUGUGGCUCAGUAAUGCCAUUAAAAUCUCUAAAAAGGACUAAAGGCUCACAACCGGAAGAGCUUUUAUGCAAACACUGUUCAAAGUUGCGGAAAUCCAAUCAGUAUUGUGGCAUCUGCAAGAGAAUAUGGCACCCUUCAGAUGAUGGAGAUUGGGUAUGUUGUGAUGGGUGUAACGUAUGGGUACAUGCUGGAUGCGACAACAUUACGAAUGAGCGCUUUAAGGAACUGGAGCACAACAAUUACUAUUGCCCUGAUUGUAAAGUCCAACAUGAGCUUUCACCAACAAUAUUAGAAGAACAGAAAUCAGUGUUCAAGUCUACAGAAAAGACGACAGAGACUGAGCUGCCUGAUGCGGUUACUGUAGUCUGUAAUGGCAUGGAAGGGACAUAUAUCAGAAAAUUUCAUGCAAUUGAGUGCAAGUGUGGUUCAUGUGGGUCAAGGAAGCAGUCACCAAGUGAAUGGGAACGGCAUACAGGCUGCAGAGCCAAAAAGUGGAAGUAUAGUGUAAGAGUGAAAGACACAAUGCUACCUCUAGAAAAAUGGAAAUUUACUACUGACAACAAGAUAUUACAGAUUGCAGAAUUUAGUACCUAUACUCUAGAAACCCAGAUGUUGGAUAAGCAAAAGAUGCUCUCUAUGCUGGAAGAAAAGUAUGAGCCAGUCAGGGCUAAGUGGACGACUGAAAGGUGUGCUGUAUGCAGAUGGGUAGAAGACUGGGAAGAAAAUAAAAUGAUCAUCUGUAACAGAUGUCAAGUGGCUGUGCACCAAGAAUGCUAUGGGGUAAGCAAAUCUCAGGACCUCACUUCCUGGGUGUGCAGAGUAUGUGAAACACCAGACAUUGAAAGAGAGUGUUGUCUUUGUCCCGUAAAAGGCGGUGCUUUAAAACCAAGCGACGUCGAGGGUUUGUGGGUUCAUGUAACAUGUGCUUGGUUCAGACCGGAAGUUGGGUUUUUGAAUCAUGAAAAUAUGGAGCCUGCUGUUGGACUUUUCAAAAUUCCAGUAAAUUCAUUUCUUAAGGUUUGCACAAUUUGUAAGCAGACACAUGGUUCCUGCGUGCAUUGCUGCAAGUGUGCCACUCACUUUCACGCAAUGUGUGCAUCACGGGCAGGUUACAACAUGGAGUUGCACUGCCUGGAGAAAAAUGGUGUGCAGAGAACCAGGAAGUCAGUUUACUGUUCAUUUCACAGGAAGCCAGAUCCAGAUAGUGUUGUAGUUGUGCACACACCCUCAGGCGUAUUUGGCUCUAGAAAUUUGCUUCAGAAUCAAUAUGGGCGCACCAAAGGUUCAAGACUCGUUUCCAAGAAGAUGAAGCUUCCAGGUUUUGAAACCCAAACCCAAGCCGAACAGAGUCGUGUAUUUGAUUCUCUUUCUGCAGCAAGAUGCCGUAUCUAUAGUAGAUCAAACACAAAGAAGAUUGAUCUGGAGGCUAUAUCCCACAGGCUUAAGGGACCAAGCCAUCAUUCUUUGGGUGAAAUCGAGAAUCUAAACUCUUUUAAGGCAAGUUUCUCAUUCAGAGCUCCAUUCAUGUCAGUGUUUUGCUUUCUUGGGGCAAUUUUUUCUGAAUAUCUCAGCAAGAUCUUAAUUUUCUUUUACCUUGUUACACCAGGAAGCAGAUUUUACCUCAUUCAGAGAACGGCUAAAACAUUUGCAGGACGGAAAAUUUUCGAGUCUGCUUUGGUAAAUCUGGCAUACAUGGAUGGGAUCAUCGAGUAUCGUGGGGUGAAAGUUAGGAGAAGUGUUGCAGAUCUGAGAGAGGCAAACUAUCGAUCUCAAGGCAAAGAUUGUUACCUAUUCAAGAUAAGCGAAGAGAUAGUAAUUGAUGCCACAGACUCUGGAAACAUAGCACGAUUGAUCAAUCAUUCAUGUAUGCCCAAUUGCUAUGCUCGUAUAGUGAGUAUGGGUGAUGGAGAAGACAACAGAAUCGUCCUCAUUGCAAAAACCAAUGUCUCAGCUGGGGAAGAGCUUACGUAUGAUUAUCUCUUUGAGGUUGAUGAAUCUGAAGAAAUCAAAGUGCCCUGCCUUUGUAAAGCUCCAAACUGCCGCAAAUUCAUGAACUAGAGCUCUCUCAAGUCUAAACCAUUCUUGCAAACGUUCAAUCUUGCUUUGGUAAUUUGAACAGUAACUGCGGUGGGAAGUUAACCGAUUUUUUUCCUCGGCGGCUAGUUCACGGGGGAAAUCCCGUGGCAUAAUGCUGACUUCUUUCCGAUUGAUUCAUUAAAAUGUACAUCCGCUG